GGGGCUUACAGAAUACUGCGGAAGGCCCAGAAACCCAGUGUGUUAAGUGACAUUGACCAGCAGUACUUAAACUAUAUAUUCAGUAUGGUGCUCCUGGCAUUUGCAUCUCACCCCACAGGUGACCUCUUCAGUGUCCUGGACUUUCCAUUCCUGUACUUCUACAGAUUCCACGGCAGCUGCUGGGCCAGUGGAGUUUUAGGAUUCCUCCUCAUGCUCAGUGCAGUAAAGCUGAGAAGCGCCCUGGCCCCUGGGCAGUGUGCAGCCUGGAUCUUCCUCGCUAAGGUCAUCACAGCCGGCCUGUCGCUGGUGCUGUUCGACGUCACCCUGACCAGAGCAACUGUAGGAUGCUUCCUGCUCGGUGGACUUGGUGAGGCCCUGCUGGUUUUCUCAGAGCGGAGAAGUUCCUGAUGAAGAUGGGCAAGAAAAGGAGAGCCAUAGGAAGAACACACCACAGUGAGCCCAAGCCAGGGUCUCUGCUGGACAGAACCCAUGACCUGUGCACACCCUGACUGAGCUACACUCACUGGUUGCUGAUGAUUUGAACACCCCUCUCUCUCAUCGCUUAGAGAAGGAUUUCCAGGGACCUUGCACUGCUGUAGAGAAUGGGUCCAUCUUACAUUUCUUUUCAUGCCGAACCAUCCCUCUCUGCUGCACCAAAUUCUUCAGAAUCAGGAAGCAGAGGAUUUCAUUGUUGUUGUUUUCUUUCUUUUUGUUUGUUUGUUUGUUUGUUUGUUUUGAGACAGGGUUUCUCUGUGUAGCCUUGGCUGUCCUGGACUCCCUUUGUAGACCAGGCUGAACUCAGAGAUCUGCCUGCCUCUGCCUCCUGAGUGCUGGAAUUACAGGCAUGCGUCACAGCAUCUGGCUGAAGCAGAGGACCUUAGUGGGAUGGCUGUGUGAGCUGGAUGGACAACAGCCUCUGGACCUAACUGCCUCCUACCAGAUACUGCUCAGUAAUUGAGGUCACAGACCAUGGCAUCUUGUUACAUUCAGGAGGUUGUUUUGUGUCUUUACAUCUUGGAGUCUCUUAUACGCCUUGAUUUUUAUGGUUCACCCUGGAGCCCAUGCCCCCCCCACACACACAAAAAAAACAAGACACCUGUUCCUGAGGGUUCAUGGAGGAUAGGGCCGGAGGGGUGGGGGUGAGGGUGAGUUCCGGACCAGGUGAGCAGUAGUAGCCUUUGUGCUUGGUGUUGGUUUAUUUCCAGCUUCUAAAUUCCCCUUGGUUCUUGUGAAUUUGUCAGGAUGUGCUGAAUUCUGUAGACUAUUGACCACCACUAGGUUAAGCUUGUGACUAAUCAGUUAAUUAUCUGAAGUCUUUUAAGCACUGUGUAGCCCGGAUGGACCUUAAAUGCCUCACCUUCUGCCUCCGCCUCCCGGGUGCUGGGAUUGCAGGCAUGUACUACCAUUCUAAGCUUUUGUUCCCAAGUUAUGUAGCAUAUGUCAUUCCUUCAUAAGUGAUCUCAGGUCAUUGAGCACUGGAUUUGAUCUCUUACACCAGAUUAAUAAUUCAAGUCCCAUAGCUUGCCGCUAGAUAAGAAAACUACUUUAUAUAUAUAAAAUAAUCACUUGAUUCUGAAUCCACCAAGGCUUAAGAAAAUAAUACUGGAUAUUUCUUCCUAUUGAUUUCACAAAUAUUUGAUUAUUCUGGCAAGUCUGGGAGAGUUUGGGUCAUAUUGAGGUCACUUCUCCAACCCUGAAGUAUAGGAGACCCUUGUCAUUGCUAGAGACACUUUGGGCUCUGAGAAUUACUUCUUGUCACAGGCUCAGUCCCAGGAUGAAUGAAGUCAGCUCCAUUAUUGCUGAUUUUUCCCCCAACUUGUUGGUUAAAAAAAGGAAAUGAAACAGUAGGAUGGAUUUAUAUAUUUAGAAUGUGGGGACCUUUAGUUCAUGUCCUUUUCUGAUCUCUGCUUAUCAUUUCAGGUGAAAAUGUUCCAAGACUUCAUGCUUAUGUCGUUUUCAGUUUCCUUUCUUAGAACAUUUUUACAUGUAGUCUUUCUAUUAUUUUUAUGCCUGUUACCCGUGAAGGUCAAAAGAGGCGUCAGAUCCACAGAAGUGGAGUUAUAGGCACUAGUAAGCCGCCAUGAGCUGGACCUGUGUGCUCACAAGAGUUACAUGUGCUCUUACCCACUGAGCCUGCAAUUUGCUUUUUAAAGUAUUUUUAUUUUAAAUUAUGUGGAUGUUUAUACGUAUGUGCAUAAUGGGUGCAGAUGUCCCAAGUAGGCCAGAAGAGAAUAUUGGGCUCCUGGAGACGGAAGUCGAGGAGGUUGUGAGCUGCCCAGUGUGGGUGCUGGGGGAAAGUCCGGCCCUCUGCUAGAGCAGGACUCGCUCUUAACUGAGCGUGUCUCUUACUCUUGUUCUUCAUCUGUUGUAACAAGCUAGUAACAUAAUAAUAUCCUGUAGCUCAAAUAGAGAAUCUAGGUUUAAACUUUUUCUUUUUUAAAUUUUCACAGAACUCUAUUGCCCCCUGCCCCCAUUGUCCUUCAAAAUGUCAUUAAAGCGGGUGGAGAGUCCUCAGCUGGAAAGGACAGCACAGCUGCCUAUCCCAGUCCCGUUUCUAACAGGAUGAACCUCAGAAACCUUUACUGAAAAGUUUUAGAGACUUCUGUUGUUAAGAUUACCAGUCUCUAGUGUUUUCGGUGUUACUAUUAUUUUUAUAAUCAUGUUCCAGAGUUCCACUGUUUCUGAAGUCUCGGGUGUUUUUGUACUGUACUGGUAGGGCGAGGCCGAGGGCAGGGAGCACCCUCAGGGCACUAACCGGUGUCCUUCAGCUUCAGUCUGCAGGACACAGGUUGCUCUGGACUUCUUACCUUAAGGUGUGGCCACCGUCUUUAUCCCCGUCCCCUUUUAUCAUGCUCAGCCCUGAAUGUUCAGUGAAUCCAGAGAUGAAAGCAGGGGCUCCCCUAUCAUGGCAGCACCCCUAGAGUUCUGCUGUGAGGAUCUCUGGGCCCAGUGCUCCAAGAUGUCCACGGCCCUCACGUCUUCAUGCCCAUUUAGUUCCGAGCUCUUACUAGCUCCAGUUUAUUUGUUUGGGCGGGGUCUCUGUUAUGUAACCCUGGCUAUCCUGCCGGAAGUGUAGGCCAGGCUAGCCUUGAACUAGCCUGCCUCUGCCUCCCCAGGGCUGGAAUUAAAGGUGCGCACAUGACCACGCCUGAUUCCCGUUCCAUUUCAAAACCAGGGUGCUUUUGCUUUUGUUUUUUACUUGCAUAUUCCUUCUUUCAAGAGAGGCAAGGUUCUGUGUGAUUGUGUAUUAAACUACACUUCUGUGGCUGUGAAAAAUAAACCAUUUAUUUUCUUGGUAA